AGUUAAACGCAACCAAACAAGUUUACAAACUUAAACAACUAAAAAAAGGAGUCUUUACCAAGAGACUGAAAAUGGUUGAAUGCAUGAGAGCAAUGGCGAACUUAAACCUCUCAAAAAUUCAACUCAACACCACAAAAUUUCCCUCGCCGAACCUCUCGUUCCCUUCUUCUGAAUCAAGACCCAAAUCCAAAAAUUACCCAAAAUUCUCUUUAUCAGCACUUUUAAGCCAAAGCCAACAGCAACCUUCUUUUGAUGGAUUGGUAAGCAGUAGCCGCAAACAUGAUGUUCUUGACGCCAUUAAAGGCUCGCUCUCUAGUUGUUUAUCGGAAACCAAUCUUCAUCUCACAGUUCCUGGUCUUAAAUCCAAAACCAGAGGCAAGGUGAGGGAUAUUUAUGAUGGUGGGGAUUAUCUGGUUCUGGUGACAACUGACAGGCAAAGUGCAUUCGAUAGGAUUCUGGCUUCUAUUCCCUUCAAGGGUCAGGUACUUAAUGAGACAAGUUUGUGGUGGUUUGAUAAAACUCAACAUAUAACACCUAAUGCGGUUGUAUCAGCUCCAGAUAAAAAUGUUACAAUUGCAAAGAAAUGUUCAGUCUUUCCUGUAGAGUUUGUUGUGAGAGGUUUUGUAACUGGAAGUACUGAUACAUCACUAUGGACAGUUUACAAUAAAGGUGUUCGAAAUUAUUGUGGCAAUGUACUCCCAGAUGGGUUGGUAAAAAACCACAAGCUACCUGCAAAUAUACUUACGCCAACAACUAAGGCGGCAGAUCAUGAUGUUCCUGUUACUCCUCAUGAGAUAGUUAAACGAGGACUGAUGACUCAAGCUGAGUUUGAUGAAGCAAGUAGUAAGGCUUUGAGUCUAUUUGAGUUUGGACAGCGAAUUGCUCUGGAACAUGGCCUACUAUUAGUUGAUACAAAAUAUGAAUUUGGAAAGGAUUGUGAUGGUUCUAUUGUUUUGAUUGAUGAGGUGCAUACACCAGAUUCAAGUAGAUAUUGGAUUGCCCAUUCUUAUGAGAAGAACUUUAAGGAAGGUCUUGAACGUGAAAACGUUGAUAAGGAAUUCUUGAGAUUGUGGUUCAAAGAUCACUGCAAUCCAUAUGAAGAUGAGGUCCUCCCUGAUGCUCCUGAAGAACUCGUUACCGAGUUGGCUUGGCGAUACAUUUUCUUGUACGAAACAAUAACAAAAUCAAGUUUUGAAAUACCACCAAUGGAGGAGCCAAUACAUGAUCGGAUCUCGCGAAAUGUUUCGCUGGCACUUCCAUCGUUGCGAUAGUUGUUGAGUUUCUAUGAGGGAAACAACAAUCAGAAGAGUGGUUUCAUGUCUUUUAGCUUUUACUGUUUGUUUAUAGAGUAAGAAAUUAAAAUAUUGCGGCAGCCAUAAAUGAGUAGUUGAGUUUUUACAUGAAAAUUGUAUUUGAAGUUCAUAUUUGACACCUUUAAAGAAAUGUAGUGUGGCUUAUUUUUCUAUUUCAA